UCCUCCUACGACCGCGCAGAAGUGAAUGAUAGUUGGUUUGCGAUUGCGCAUUCUGGGUUCCAGUUGACUACGUCGAUUGCAAAUUGUCAAAAUAGCCUGACUUUGUAAUGUUUCAGCAUCACUUUGCACGUGGAUUUCGUAAUUGUAUAUCGCAAAAUUGUAGUUAUCAAUUAGCUGUCCUCCGAAAUGUGAGGCCUGUUUCUCACGCGUGCAGAAGGCUGCCAUUGGAGAUCCAGUUUUACCACCUUGCUAAAAGGUCGUGUUUCAAUUAUGCUGCUAACAAGGUGCAGUUUCCAUCCAUACAGCAUAUGGUCCGCAGCUUUAGUAUGUCCCCCAGCUGCCGGUCUGAAGAGGGGAAGCUGAUCUAUUCAGGAAACCUGGGCAACGCCGUUCGUGGUGUGAAGAUGUUCUCUUACGCAAGUAGCGGGGCAAGCCUCUGUGUAAUGCCAUUCAUCUUCCUGAAGACCGGCGUUGGUGUUCAAAGUCUUUUGCUAAAAGGGGCUUUCUGUGGAGUCAUCGGUUUCUUCACAUUCCUGACUCCCAUCCUCCUUCACGUGAUCACCAAAGGCUACGUGGUCCGUUUGUACCACAACAAUGACACGGACACGUACACGGCGGUCACGUACAAUGUACUGCUGAUGGAGAAAAAGACUGUGUUCCGUCAAAGUGAGGUCAGAUUACCAGGUGUCAGCAAAAUGUUCACCACGUUUUAUGCUAACAAUAUGUCAAUGCUUGUGAACCCAAUGCUGUUUCCAAUUCCACAUGACUAUAACCACCUCAUGGGUUACGACCAGCCUUUCUCAUUUGAUACUGAAGACUUGGGUGGUUAACCAGAUUAAAGUUAGAUUUCUACAGAUUAUGCUAAUGGUAGUCUGAACUGUCAAAUAGUUGUUUGUAUAUGCACCUAUGACCAAGGUUAAGUACAGCCACAAUAGUACAUCGAAGAACUAUGGAGAUUUUGGUGACUUACUAGUCAGUGGUUAUGUACAGAUAUAGGGAAUUACUAUUAAUAUAGAUGUUUUGACCAAUGGCUUAUAUCAUUGGAAAAGUACAUUUUGCUUUUGACAUGACUGUGGUCGAGGUUGUUACUUUCCCCUGUUUCAAACAAUGACUCUCAACAAAACUAAGUAGUUCCUACCUUUGACAUUUUAAGGAAGUUUGUAGACUGUAACAGUAUGUGAAUUAACAUUAUAAGGAAGUUUGUGCUUUGAAAGAGUGUGGGAAUUGCAUGAAAACAGGACACUGUCAGUCAGUCAAACCAUUGUCAAUCAUCUUUAUUUGCAAUAAUUAACACAAUGUUUCAAAGUCUCUGUAUGGUUUUGGUGAGUGUUUUUUCUGCUUUUGGGCAGAGAACAUUACUUUGCUCUUCAGACAGUAUGGAAGUUUGGUACAGUUGGCAUGGUAAGAUCCUUCUUGUUAAUAUAUUGUGACCAUAGGGAAAGUAAAAUGUUGCUUUAAAUAACU